GAUAACGAUCCGCAUGAGUACAGUAAACACAAUGGGACCGCCAUCUAGCCUGAGUAAUCCUAAAGCAAUGCCACAUGUGUCGUUGUCAAAAAAAAAAGGGACAACGUGCGUGGCAGUAACACAUAAAAAUCACAUAAAAGAACACAUAAAAAGUUGCUUAAUUUUUUACAAUUGAAAUGUCGGAAGGAGAAAAUAUUUUCAUCUUGAAAAUGUGUCCACAGAAAUGCCAAUAUGAGAAAUUAUGAGAAUCGUUGCAAACGCCUUAGCUCGUCACGAUAAAGGUAACAUACUGACAAUAAAAUGAACGAAAAGACAGGUAUAAGCAUGGAAAGAAAGAGAUUGAAUUACGAGAAUAAGCUUAUAUUAGCGCCUAUGGUACGAAUUGGUACCCUUCCAAUGCGUCUUCUUGCGCUUGACUAUGGUGCUGAUAUAGUGUACACAGAAGAGUUAAUAGACUGGAAAUUAUUACGGUCAUUUCGUCGUGAAAACGGGACGGUCGAUUACAUUGAUAAAACAGAUGGUACAGUGACUUUCCGAACGUGUCUUAGAGAGAGAGACAAAGUAGUUUUGCAAAUUGGCACUUGUGAUGCAACAAGAGCGUUGAAAGUGGCCAAAAUGGUGGAGCAAGAUGUUGCCGGGAUUGAUUUGAACAUGGGUUGUCCUAAGUUAUUUUCCUUGGUAGGAAAAAUGGGUGCAGCCCUCCUGAAAGAACCAGAGAUAGCUGUGAACAUCUUGAAGACUCUAGUAGACAAUUUGAGCAUCCCUGUAACUUGCAAAAUUCGUGUAUUGCCAGAUUUGGAUAAAACUUUGGAACUCUGCGAGCUUCUACAAUCAACCGGUAUAUCAGCAAUUGCAGUUCAUGGUCGUACCGUUAAUGAAAGACCGCAACAUAUGAAUCAUAACGAGGUCUUGAGAAAAGUUUCCGAACAACUGUCUAUACCAGUUAUAGCAAAUGGAGGGUCAAAAGAAAUACAGAAAUAUUCUGAUAUUUCCAAAUUCAAGGAAAUAACAGGAUGCAACAGUGUGAUGCUUGCGCGUGCAGCUGAAUGGAACUGUUCAAUAUUUAGUAAAGAAGGUUUACUACCCAUGGAAGAUGUGAUAAAAUCAUAUCUAAAGUAUGCCGUGGAUUGUGAUAACCCACCUUCCAAUACUAAGUACUGUAUACAGAAUAUACUUAGGGAUCAACAGGAGUCAACAUUAGGCAGGAAUGAUUUAUGGGAUUUAAGUGAUUAUUGCCGAUUGAAGAAAAAAGAAUUUGGAGAGAAAGGUUUAUUGGGAAGAUCUCAAGUCUCACCUAUGAGAGAAGAUGAGAAACAGAAUGAGGGACAGCCUUCUAAUAAAAGAAAGAUUUCAGAGGAAGAAGACGUAAUUUUAAUGCAUUGUGCGUUCUUAAGAAACAACUAUGUAACAGAUCUGGAAUUACCAAAAACUAUAUUACACAAAUGGACGCAGACUCGAAGGAAAAAAAUGCCAAAUUAUAAUACGCAGCCAGAGGGAAAAUUAUUUCGAUCCAUCGUUACCGUCGAUGGACGAAAAUAUGGAUCUUCAUUUUGGGAAAAAAAUAAAAAAUGGGCGGAACAAGGUGCUGCUUUAGUUUGUCUUUUUUCUUUGGGCCUACUCAAUAAGAAAACUCUUGAUACAAACUGCACUGUUUCUUCUUGCAAAAAUAUAAAUAAUUAAUUAUCGCAUCACGAUUUGUAAAAUUCGACCUUAUAUUUUUUUACUAGUUUUAUCAAUAAAAAACAUUUUUCUGAUACAGGAAAA